GGUAGGAGGGCUGCUGCAGGAGUGGGAUGGCAGGGAAGAGCCAGCAGGACAGCAUGCCCUGGAGGACAGCCUCGCAUCCGAGGAUCUAGGGAGCAUGCUGGAGUCCAUCAAAGUGGAGAGGGCCAAAUAUUCACUGAUGUGCUUUCAGUUCCCUGUUGGACGUAUCCACCGUCAGCUGAAGCAAAGGACUCAGGCAAAUGGACGUGUUGGUGCCACCACAGCCGUCUACUCAGCUGCCAUCCUGGAGUACUUGACUGCCGAGGUUCUGGAGCUGGCUGGGAAUGCUAGCAAGGAUCUGAAGGUGAAGCGUAUCACCCCUCGCCAUUUGCAGCUAGCUAUUCAUGGAGACGAGGAGCUGGACACUCUCACCAAGAGCACCAUCGCAGGCGGAGGUGUCAUACUGCACAUUCAGAAGUCCCUGACCAACAAGUCAUCCAAGGAGUGAAGACUAGGGGAUGUGCAUCUUUAGUUUAAACUGGACUUCUGUGCGCUCCUGAGCGAGUCCUUGUUGUACCGUAGGUUUUAGUUGAGCUGUUAGGUUGGAGCUCCUUUGUGUAACGCUUGCCUGGUACUGCUUCAUUAGUUAUUUGGUUAUUGUGUUUGUGUUGAGUUGUUAACUUCAGGGGUGCAAACCUGGUUGCUUAUUUAGUUAUGUGACUACUGCUAUUCGGUUUA